GUUUAUUUCCGGAAGUAACUUGUUGUCUGUCUGUCAGACUUUCCAUACGGAUCAUCAAAUCUCCAGCGCCGGAACGAUAGGUGUGUCCUCGGCACAGGAUGGCUCACUGGUUCCACAGAAACCCCCUGAAGGCUACAGCUCCUGUGUCCUUUAAUUUCUACGGAGUGGCAGGGAGCCCCGCUGCCAACAAGAUAUGCAAUGACCUGAGGACAACCAGGGCCAGACUGCUGGAGAUGUUCACCGAUGUCACCUGUAACCCUGAGAUCAUGAAAAAUGCCACAGAUGCAUACUUCUCCCUCCUCCAAGGCUUUAUCAUAUCCUUGGAUGGAACUACACAAGAGAACAAGAUGAGGUUCAUCCAGAACUUCAAGUGGACUGACACUUUACAGGGAAACACGCCAAGUGCCCAGCAGGAUGCAGUCUUUGAGCUGGUCUCCAUGGCCUUCAAUGUAGCCCUCUGGUACACCAAGUUUGCCUCCAGACUAGCAGGGAAGGAGAACGUAACGGAGGCUGAAGCAAAAGAUGUUCACCGGAGCCUGAAAGUUGCUGCUGGUAUAUUCAAAACCCUCAAGGAGGUUCACAUCCCUCGUCUCAUCACCCCGGCUGAGAAGGGCCGAGACCUGGAGCCCAGAGCCAUCGAUGCGUAUAUCAUCCAGUGCCAGGCGGAGGCACAAGAAGUGACAAUUGCCAGAGCGAUUGAACUGAAGCACAACGCCACGCUCAUCGCAGCGCUGGCAUUUGAGACAGCAAACUUCUAUCAAAAGGCUGACCACACACUGAACACUCUGGAGCCGGAGUGCAGCAACAAAUGGAGGAAGUACCUUCAGCUGAAGCAGCACUUUUACAUGGCUUAUGCCUACUGCUACCAUGGACAGACACUGCUGGCUAGUGACAAGUGUGGAGAGGCUAUACGAUCUCUGCAGGAGGCAGAAAAGUGUUACUCCCGCGCCGAGGCGUUGUGUAAAGAGUACCGUCAGACCAAAGGACCUGGCACCACGGCCAAACCGUCAGAGCAGCUGUUCUUCCUCAAACUGGGCGGCCUCAUCAAAAACACGCUGCAGAAGUGCCAGAGAGAAAACGGCUUCAUAUACUUCCACAAGGUUCCAGCUGAGGCGCCCCAGCUGGAGCUGAAGGCCAGUUACGGCUUGGCUGAGCCAAUCCCCUUUGAGCUGCCGCCUCUCAGUGAGCAGUGCACCGCUGAAGUCUACGCCACCUUCGAUCUGACCAAGGGAGCCAAAAAUGACAAGGCAAAAGCCAAGGAGGAGGAGGUGAAACCAGUGAAGGAGCCAGAUCUGAAGCCUCAGAAGGACACGGGCUGCGUCCUCUCUUAAACGCUCCACACAUUCCAUCAUCGGCCUCAAGCUCCAGUUCCAUCUAUUGUAAUGAUGGCAUCCAUAUUCCCACUCAUAUAAACCUCCAUAGGAAAAAUGUAUUUUUUGUAAUAUUAAUCCAUGGUGUUCAACAUUUAUGCUGUGUGUUGUAUUUGCUGUGACAGCCAGAGCCAGUCCUCCUCCUCACAGCUCCUCUUUCAGAGAAAAGAUGUUUUUUCAGGCUGAAACAAUGACUUUGAAUGAAGUCUUUUCAUGAAGUUAUAACAAA